AUGGAGAAAGCCAAGCAAAGAGUGUCAACCAAGAUGAAGCUUGCAUUUCUUCUUGGUCUCAUUUCCAUGCUUAUAGUGAGUCCUACCUCUUCAGCCACUCAAAAUCCAGAACUUGGAAGCAACUUGCAGACUUACAUCGUUCACGUUAAAAAGUCUGACGAUGUUGCUUCCCUUCAGUACGAGGAGUUACAUAACUGGUACCAUUCAUUACUGCCCGCCACUGCACAAACUCAGAACCAACAGCGCAUGGUUUUCUCAUACAAAAAUGUCGUUUCUGGAUUUGCUGCCAUGUUAACUCCAGAAGAAGCGAAAGCUCUGGAAGAAAAGGAAGAGAUUAUGUCAGCAAAACCCGAAGAGAUAUACUCUUUGCACACAACUCAUACGCCAAGCUUCUUAGGGUUGCAACAAGGACUCGGAUUGUGGGAAGACUCCAAUUUCGGCGAGGGCAUCAUAAUCGGACUUUUGGACACCGGCAUACAACCCUACCACCCUUCCUUCUCCGGCGAAGGAAUGCCGCCUCCACCGGCAAAAUGGAAAGGCUUCUGCGAAUUCAACGGAGAGAGGACUUGUAAUAACAAGCUCAUCGGUGCAAGAAACUUCGUCAAAAACUCAACUUUACCCGUAGACCCACCGUUUGAUCAAGUGGGUCAUGGAACUCACACAGCCAGCACAGCCGCCGGAAGAUUCGUCCAAAACGCCAGUGUUUUCGACAACGCUAAGGGCAUAGCAGUUGGUAUGGCACCCAAAGCGCACUUGGCAAUGUACAAAGUGUGCGAAUUACAUGGUUGUUCUGAAGGUGCAAUCCUAGCUGCAAUGGACGCUGCCGUUGAAGAUGGUGUGGAUGUUCUUUCUCUGUCUAUUGGUGGUCUCUCGUCUCCUUUCUUCCAUGACUCAAUAGCCCUUGGUGCUUUCAGUGCAGUUCAACAGGGGGUUUUUGUAGCCUGUUCAGCUGGUAACACUGGUCCUGAAAAUACCACUUUGUCCAAUGAAGCCCCAUGGAUUCUAACCGUUGGUGCAAGUUCCACAGACAGAAAAAUCGUAGCAGUAGCGAACCUUGGAAGUGGUGCACAAUACGAGGGGCAAUCUGUGUUCCAGCCAAAGGACUUUCCUUCAACGCCAUUGCCUCUUGUAUAUGCUGGUGCAAACGGGAACGAAUCAUCAACAUUUUGUGCCCCUGGAUCGUUACAGAACGUGGAUGUUAAGGGAAAGGUUGUGUUAUGCGAGCAAGGUGGUCACAUUGCAAGAGUCGACAAAGGGCAAGAAGUUAAAAAUGCCGGUGGAGCCGCCAUGAUCCUUAUGAACAGUGAAGAUGAGGCGUUUAAUCCCAUUGCUGAUGUGCAUGUUCUUCCUGCUACACACGUGAGCUACAAGGAUGGGUUGGCUAUUAAAAAUUACAUAAACUCAACGACCACACCCACAGCAACAAUCUUAUUCAACGGAACAGUGAUAGGGAAUCCGCUGGCUCCAGCAGUUACCUCAUUUUCUUCGAGAGGUCCAAGCUUUACAAGCCCCGGCAUUCUUAAACCAGACAUUAUAGGACCAGGAUUGAACAUCCUAGCUGCAUGGCCUGUGUCUGUGGACAACUCUACGACACCAUUCAUGAUCAUUUCUGGUACUUCAAUGUCUUGCCCUCACCUCAGUGGCAUUGCCGCUCUGCUCAAAUGCUCGCACCCAGAUUGGUCUCCUGCAGCCAUUAAGUCAGCAAUUAUGACCACUGCUGAGACAGUUAACCUAGGAGGAAAACCCAUAUUGGACGAAAGGCUUCAACCUGCAAAUGUUUUUGCAACUGGUGCAGGACAUGUGAACCCGAUCAAAGCAAACGAUCCUGGUCUUGUUUAUGAUAUCCACCCAGAAGAUUACGUUUCAUAUUUAUGUGGGUUGGGCUACACAGACAGACAAGUUGGAGUUAUUUUGCAAAGGAAAGUGACGUGCUUGGAGAUUAAAAGCAUAACGGAAGCAGAGCUAAAUUAUCCCUCAUUUUCUAUUCAACUGGGGUCUUCUUCGCAGACUUACACCAGAACGGUAACAAAUGUUGGAUCUGAAAAUUCUGUUUACAAUUUGGAACUUGACGUGCCUGAGGGAGUUGUGAUGAACGUGAACCCUCGCCAGAUAAAAUUCACAGGGUUGAAUCAGCGGGUUGCAUAUUCAGUCGAUUUUACUCCGCUACCUAAAAAAUUUAGAGAAGAUUUAGGGUUUUCCCAGGGGCAACUCACGUGGAUCUCUGAUAAACACACCGUGCGCAUCCCCAUAGCGGUCACCUUCGAGUGA